UUUCUAACUUAUUGCACUAGUGCAGUAGUGCAGCUGAAAAGAACAGACCCGUGAUUAUGUAAUUCAUAACCAAGCAAGUUUCAUUGAUAAUAAAUAUCGAUAAUAAUUAUUAAAUGCUAGUACAGAGAAAAAUGUUAGAGUCAACUAUUCACGCAUUAGGAAAUGGCAGAGUAAUCUUAGCUAGUGGAUCUCCAAGACGAUGUGAUAUAAUGAAACAAUUGCGUAUAACUGCAGAAGUAGUACCAUCCUUGUACGAUGAAAAUCUAGACAGAACCAAAUAUACCAAUCAUGGAGAAUAUGUUCAGGACAUAGCCAAAUAUAAAGUGCUCGAGGUAUAUGAGCGUUUAAAAGCAGAUUCAGUACCUCCAUCAUUAAUAAUAGGAGCAGAUACAAUGGUGACAAUGGGUGAUGUUCUUUAUGGAAAACCACACAAUGAAACAGAGGCUUUUCAAAUGUUGUCAAGUCUAGCGAAUAAAGAACAUGUUGUUUAUACUGGUGUAUGUUUGAAAACGCCUAAAGUUGAACUCAAGUUUUAUGAAUCUGCUAAAGUAAAAUUUGGAGAUGUAUCCGAAAGACAAAUAAGAGAAUAUAUAAAAACAGGUGAUCCUAUGGAUAAAGCAGGAGGAUAUGGUUUUCAAGGUAUAGGAGGCUGUUUGAUCGAGAAAAUAGAAGGUGAUUAUUAUACGAUAACAGGUUUGCCACUGUAUGCAUUGACUAAACAUUUGAACCAAAUAUUUUCUAAUAAUUAAUAAAAAUAUUCAGCUUGUUAGUACCUGCAACGUAAACAUUGUACCUCUAUCUCUAUGUCUCUAAUAAAUUUUAUUAUUUUACACUAACAACUU